CAGUUAGUGUUGUUGCUCUUCACAAACACUAAACGAAGAAGCUAGCGUUUCUUUCAGAGCUGUAGAUUUUGCCGCAAAACAUGGCAAAGUUUGAGCAUUUAAACACGUUUUUUACCGAGCGUCUGCUAGCUCUUGCCGGAGAAUUAUUCCAAGCAGUUACAGACAUUAUUACCGAGUACCAGGAGGAAACAGAGCGGACCAAACAGGAGAACAUUUACCUGAAGGAAAUGCUAACGGCAGAGCGAUUGGCUAACGGACGAGAUGGUUCCACUUAUCAAGCAGUUCCUCAAGAGCAACCAAACAUCUCUCAUGGACCUCUGGAUUCAAAUUCGUCGGUAAUACGAGUGAAAGUGGAACUGUCCACCACGAAGCAGGACACUGUGUCGCUGGACUCAGGACAUGAUCCCUCCGCAGUGACUACACAACAGCAUUUCUCAGAAAAGAUUACAAAUGAGGAAAUAAAGAAUGACUGUCUCCAUAAUAACUCAGAAGUCACAAUAAAAUCUGAGCCGAGGGAAUCCCAGAUCGCCAUAUCUGAUGACUCAAACCCUGCCAUGCAAAGUGAAAGUAUAAUUGUCUUUAAUUUGGUUGGUUUAAGAGAUGAUCAAAGUUCAGGUCCCCCUUCACAUGACACACGGCAAAGUGAGACAGCUGAGAGAACUGUUUACUGCCAGUAUUGUGGAAAGCCAUUCGGAAACCGCAAACAGCUGAAAAGGCAUAUGGUUGUGCAUCAGAAAGACAGGCCGAGGCCGUAUUGCUGUGAUUUGUGUGGAAAGUGCUACUCUUACGCACAAGUGCUAGAAGUUCAUCGUAGGACUCAUACGGGGGAAAGGCCAUAUCACUGUAAAUUUUGCGGAAGGCGUUUUAAUCAAAAAGGCCACUUAAAGGAACAUGAAAGAAUUCACACGGGCGAAAAGCCUUUUGUCUGUCCAAUUUGUGGAAAACGAUUCAUUCAAUCAAGCCAAGUCAGGAAACAUGUCACUUACCAUCACCAGCAGUUACCAUCAGUUACGAUGCAACGGUCAUAAAAGCAACUGAAGAUACAAUAUUUAUUGUUGGGCCUCAAACAUGCUGUGUCAGAAACCUUAAAGUAUACAAACCUGCAAUGUGGUUUCGGCUCCUCACAAACCUAGAGGACUUUGCUUCACUGAACGUAUACCAGGGCAUUUACACCUUCACUGAGCGACAGCCUAUUGAGUUAGUAAUGCAUCUACAUAGGGGAAUAGCAAAUCAAGUUCUUAUUUCUCACAGUGACAUCUUUUAUUAUUAUUAUUAUUUUUUAAAUGAUUUAGCCAUAAAAAGAUCCCUCACAUAUUCCAUCCUUCAUGCAUUUAGUAUCUAAUUAUGCAACGAAAUACAAGAAUUCUGAUUAGUGACAUCAGCUUUACAUGAAAAUUAUUCAUCAGUGUUAUUAACCUGUCAAAACUGAACAAGUUUACCUCUGUCACGUCCGUUGUGCCUUUGCUCUUUGUAUAUGAAGAAAACAAAAUUAAAGGCUUUUGCUUGUUUUGAUGUUUUAUCUUAAAAUGUUCAUUUAAGAUGAUACCAAAUGUCUAGUUAACGUACUGUGGAUAAUUUUAGUAGGCAAAAUCUAAACCCCUGUUUACAUUAAAAACAAACAAAAAAGAUAUUUUCACAAAUGUCUGUAUACAUCUAGGGCUCUGGAUGUGUCAGUGAUUAGAAGACAAAUAUAUAACACAAUGUUGCUAAAAUUGCCAGGAUGUUCUUAAAUGUGUGGUAGAUUUGUUAAUGAAGAGAGUUUGUCAGUUUGUAAAUAAGAAAAAAAGGGGGGGGUAGAUUAGAAGCCUUUUUAUAGUUAUUAUAAUGCAUCAGAAUCUAAUUUCUUUCCACAACAUAAAAU